AUGGUAUAUUUACACAUUUUGAUUUUGGUAUUGCUAUUAAUAUAUUCUGUAACAGGACAGAUUUCUGCUCCAUUUACUGGUUGGACUCAUGAAGGAUUAAAGAUAGAUAUAACCCCAGAUUCUAUUAAUGAUAACUGUAGGCUAUUACAACCUAUAGGUAGUAAUGAAGAUAGUGCUAUUAAGAUUUCUUUUCGUUGUAAAGAAGAUUAUUAUUUAUCAUAUAUUGGUAUAAAUGGUGAAUCUAUUAAACAUGGUGAAAUAAAAUAUAUUGAUAGUAUACAAUCUUUAAAGAUUGGUUGUUCUGAUGGUUCAUCUUAUAUUUCAUUUGGAGGGUCAGAUAUCUCUCACUAUAAUAAUACAAUUGCAUUAUUUCCUACAUUUAUUUCUUCUAUUAAUGCUGGAUUUAUAUAUGGUAAUUCAAAUCGUCCUCCUGUAUUAGUAUUAUUAGAAGGUUAUUUUGGGGGUUCUAUGUCAUUUUCGGCUAGACGUAAAUCUUCCUCAAUGGAAAUUUUGAAUUCUGGUCAAUGGUCUGGUAAUAAAUUAAUUGGAGGAUGUUUUAUGCUUACAGUAACUCCACAACCAGGAUUUAUACUUUAUUCAAUAUCAGCAAUUGGAUUUAUUACAGAAGGAACUAAAUCACCGUCUCUAAAUUUGGUCUCAAAUGGUAUAAAUGCAAGGAAUAUGCUUAUAAGACAAAAUUCGGUUUUUCAAGAAUGUCAAAUCUUAGAUGGACCUGGAAUUGUAGAUAAAAAUAAUACUAUAACAUAUUAUUCUUUGAUGUGCCCGAAAGGUCAAUUUUCAAAAUUUAGGAUUUUUAAAAGAUAUUGUUUUGGUACUUAUCAUUUAUCUGCUAUUGAGUUUGAAUGCAAAAGCUUGGAUACAAUAAAAAGGACUGUUGAUAGAUCUCAUGUAACUUUAGGAAAAUAUUCUGGUACAUAUAUUGCUCCAACAAAAGAAGGGGAGUUGACUUCAUUCUAUGCAGUUUAUUUGAAUUCGACGGAUAAUUCGAGAUUUUGUAAGGAAUCUACUUUAUACAAUCCUGUUACAUUAAGAUAUUAUAAUGAUGUUGGGAAGGAAUUUGCAUCUUUUAUAAAUACACAGUUUGAAGUGCAAAGAUUACUUAAAAGAAAAGCUGCAAUUAGAGAACGACUUUGGGUUGGAAAAGAUCCCUUUUUAUUAUGUGCCGGUAUUAGUAAGGAAGGAUCUAUAGCAAGUAUUGGGAUUGGUUAUGAAUCAAUGAUUGAACCAAUACCUCUUUAUUUGGAUGCUGUAAAUAUGGUAAAACCAGAUAUUAUAGCAUAUCCAUUAUCAAUGAGUAAGAAUCAGACUUUGAAUACUGCAGUAUCUUAUAAUCCUGAUAUUAUACAGGUAACAUUUGGAAUUGUAUCUAGUAGUAACUAUAAUUUAGCAUAUUCUCCAGAUCUACAGAAAUCUGGUUUAUAUACAAUAAGAGUUAGUGCUCAAUGCAAACCUGACUUAUUAAAUAAACCUCAAUAUAUUUCAAGGUUGAUAUUAUUUGUAGACAGCAAUACAGGCUUAAUACAGAGGAUAGCAGGAGUUUGUAAGCCAAUUAAUAAUAAUUCUAAAUUUAGGCUAUUAAAGGAGACAGAUAGAAAUAAUACUAUAUCCUCUAAUAGUAUGAAAUUGAACUUGGAUAUGGCUGGAAAUAUUACUAAAGAGAAUGAAUUUUUAAAUUCAACAACAAAGGAUUUAUUUAAAGAGGAAAUUUAUGUUUUAUCUAAUUCUACUUCAAGGUUAUUUAAUCAAACUAGUAAUAAUGUGAAACAUGACUCUGAAAGUUACAAAUUGGAAAAUAGAUUACUCAAAGAAUAUAAUAGUAACAAGUUGAUGGAGUUGUUUGACACUGAUAGAUGGCCACUAAAUAAAUGGGUUCCUUCUCCAUUUAGAGUUCAACAUCCUUCUUGGUUACAACAUGAAAAAGAUAUUUCAGAUAUUCAUCAAAGUAAUUUAGAUAUUUCAUUUGCAUUGGGGCAACCUCUAUCUUCUUCUACACGUGUAGUAAUAUCUAAAGAAGGUCCCUUUAAUUCAAUAUAUGCAGGAUUUAACCCCCUUACAUCUAAUUUAGUUAUGUUAAGUACAGGGAUAAUAAGACGUGAUUCUAGAGAUAUAUUACUGAAACAUUACUCAAAUUUAUAUGCUCCAACAUAUAUAGCACUUUGGGAAAUCCCUGCUAUUGAUGGAGUCCCAGUAGUAACUGAUUCUAUUUGUGUUGAACUUGAGCAGUAUAGUGGGAAAAUAAUAGGUCUUGGAUUUGAGGGUUCAAUGAAUAAGAGCCCUCCUGAAUCGGAAGAAGAUAUAAAAAUUAAAUCUGAUGGUAAUAUAGAAGUGACAUCUAAGACUUCUAAUUUAGACAAAUUUACAUCUACUCUUAUGAAUAAGACAUCUAUAGAUUCAAAUAUUAAUUCACUCAAAAACAGCUCAUUAUAUAAUGGCUUGGUUAUUGAACCCACAAUUAAUAGUCAGAAAUGUCCUAAAAUGGCAUACAAUAUGCCAUUAAUCGAUUAUCUUGAGAAUCAAGCAGAAUUAAAAAAUGAGAAUAGAAAUUCUAAGGACAAAUCCCAAAUUGCAACUUCUAAGACUAUAACAUGUCCUAUAUGCAGUCAAAUAGAAUACAUAAAAAUUCAUUAUAUACAAUCUGGUCCUAUUAUAGGAAUUGAAUGGAAAUGUAAAGGGAUUAAUCAUAUUGAAACUAUAUCUGUUGGAGGACAAUCUCCAUCCCAGCUUGCAACCCAAGUUUUCACAAAGGUACAACCACAAAUGAUUGAACUUGCAUUUGCAUCUAAUGACACGACAUUAUUAACUAAAGAUGAUAUUGCUGAACCUCUUCCAGGACCAGCUUUUAUAUCUAUUAAUGGACUGAUAGGAUUUGGACAUAUUCAUCAGCUACUAUAUUAUAGAGCAAUGGAUACUCCUUUAUUACCGACUGUAACAUUUGAAAUGAAUAAUAGACUAAGAGCUGAAAAGAAUAUCUUAACUACCAUAUGUGUUUCUUUAUCAUCCUCGCAGGCAAUAUUAGGUUUGGGAUUUGGAUUUGAAUUUAUGUCUAAUCAAUGUUUAAAGGAACUUCCUAAACCUACAAUUGUACCUGUUAUUAGUAAAAAUAAUAUGAAUCCUCCUAAUAUUAUUAUUAAGGGACCAAGGAUUUAUCAAAGAGUUGAUGUAAUGCACCCUUUUUGUACAGAUAUACAAGGAGGAGCUGCUAGAACACGCCUUAGUAAUUGGUGGAUAUCUUUUUCAUGUUUAGAUAGUAUUGAUGAGGAAGUACCAUUUACGAAAUUAUCGACUUUAUCUAGUAGUAAUUUUCACCGUCAGAUACUUACCAUGACAUUAUAUUGCCCUGAUAAAAUGUCAUCAGUUUCAGUUGGACAAAAUAUUGAAGAAGGGAAUACAAGACAAACAUUUGAUUUACAAAAGCCUGGAUCUCUUCUUGCUAUUGAUUUUACACAAAGUGAUAUAUCUCCUAUCCAGAUCAAACUAAUUCCAUCUUAUUCAAAUACUAUCAUGAAGUCACUUGUCUCUAAUGUUGGUGGUUUUAAUCAAAUAUUAAUUCCUAGCAAUUCAAUAUAUGGAAUUUGUUUUGAGCUCACAAGUGAUGGCAAUAUUGCAGGUAUUGCAUUUGCUAAUCGUCCAAGUAAUGAAGAAAAUGACAGAAUAGAAAGGUUAACUACUUAA